UCAAACUCAAAUCAGCUUCCCAUGCGUGCUAUACCGUUCGAUACGAGUGUGGAGUGCUCGAACACCGCGUUUCCCGUGCCCAGACCCUCAGUGCCGCCUGAUGCGCGUUCUCAAGUGGUGAACAUGACACGGGACAUGGACCCUUCAAUGAACAGUCUCCAGGAAGUCGAGAGCAUGGACAUCAUGCAUCUCUCCGAGGAUCUUCUGAAUUCCAGCGGGAGGUGGCUCGACAGUUCCUUCGGAGACCCCGAAGAUCUGAACGUACAGCUGCUGCCCGCGUCUCACUCGCCGCACGUUCAGAACCCUGCGCAGGGCAUCGAACAGGAUCCGGCUCAGACGCUUCCUUCUUGGAACGAGAUCUACCGUAACAGCCAUACUACCAGUCCCUAUGACUUUAACCCAUCAGAAACGCACCAUGUGCAAGCACCGCACCCUCAGCAACCGCCGCAGAUUCAAACUUUCGAUUCCUACUACGGAAGCAGCCCUGCCGAUGUUAAGCCGACCCGGGAGGAGCUUUUGGUAUUCCGCCAAAGAACCGACAGCGUAACGAGUAGCUGCUCGAACUACGAUCCCUCAUCCGGCUUCGAGCCCCAGCCUGGAACUAGUCACGAUAACCCAAGAGGUCGCGUCCGAGUCCGAUCCGAACCGAGCGUCGGAAGCGAAAACGAAGAUGAGGUUCGGAAAAAGAGGCGGCGAGAGCGCAAUAAAGUCGCCGCAGCGAAAUGUCGCGAGAAGAAACGGCAUCAACAGAGUCAACUGAUUCGCGACCACGCGAGCAUUCGCGUGGAAAACCAGCAACAGCAGCGGAUAAUCGAAGAGCUCCGCGCGGAAAUCCUCCACCUCAGAGAAAAACUCAACAAUCAUGCGUGCUGCAUGACCUGCACCCCUGCCUCCUACCCCGACCAGAACCAGCAAUGGAGCUCUUGGGGCGGGACUCCGAUGGGCUAGGCCUCCGACCGUGGAUUCUCGAUCUCCAGGAAUCCAUUGUGUUGAAUGAAUCUGUGAGAAAAAAUCUCGGACUAAUGUGUUGAAUCCGCUUAUGGUCACAGGGAGGGGGAGCCUCUUGUUACAGAACGACGUCGAACGACGGAAGCGACGUUCCAUCCGACUUAUAUUCGAACUUGUCAUGUUACGCUUGGAAAAUAUCUAUGGUGGAAACCUAUUUAAAACAGGAAGAAAAGCAAUAUUAGGUAUACGAAGUGUUUCACAUUCUGUACAAAAAUAACUUUUCUCCGCCCUCUAUCGGCGUAGAUUUGUGGGAUUUGCCUCGCGGGAACAUGUUGCGGCAUGUCCUGAUCCGAGACGAAAAUUACUCUUCUUUCGAAGGAUAUGAUUCUUCGAAUUCCGUGCAACCUUUUGGUCGGAGAUGUAAGGUCGCUUAUUCUUCCGCUGAAUCUCGAUGGACAACAAUCGAGACAUUUCCCUCACCAUGUCUGGGAGCGAUGCAAAGACGAGAGUGCUGGGAAGCGUGUAUCGGAACUGUGCUCUCGGCGAUGCUCUGGAAUCUGUGAGGCAUCUUCAAGACCAACCCCAAGGAUCCGACGUACCAUUACAAAAAUUUCUUAUACAUACUUUACAUA